AGAGUUGUCUCUAAUCGGAGAGUUUGUCGUAAUCGGGAUCUGCUUCUUGUCGGCCAUCGACUCGCCAUUCAGUUGAUUGUAUUUCUUCACGUCUUCCGACUCAUGGCUGUCAGCCAUUGUCUUCUUAUCGGUUCCACUCAUUCGUCUCAAACCGGAGGAAUCGUCAGAAGACAUGCCCGCGUGUGGUAUGAGAUGACAAUCCAAUUGUCUUCAAUCAUAAUGGACCGAAAGGAGUUCAGCGAUGAGUCAAACGAACCGUCGAUUCCUUCACCGAAAUGUUCACAACAAACACAAGAAGACAUUGAAAUCAUAUUUGUAUCAAUUGUUUGGUUUCGUGAGAAACAAAUGCUUUUCAUUGGAUAUACUCUUCGAUACAAAGCUAUCGUUUGUAAUACAGAGAUUGAUUGGUCGACAUAUGUAGAGCAGGUCCAGUGCUUCUUGAAUGGCUCUCUCAACUACUCGGACAUCAAGGGAGAGACGGGUCCUAUUGUAUACCCGGCCGGACAUCUAUAUAUCUAUACAAUACUCUAUUACUUGACAAAUAGAGGAACUAAUAUACUUUGUGCUCAAUAUUUAUUUGCAUUUAUUUAUUUGAUUACAUUAUUCGCUGUCUUCAGAAUAUACCAUAAAAUGGAUUCAAAAUUACCUCCGUUUGCAUUUGUGUUCAUGUGUUGCACAUCCUAUCGAAUCCAUUCAAUAUAUGUUCUUCGCUUGUUUAACGACACAAUAGCGAUGGCUCUCCUCUAUAUUGCUAUCAAUUUUUUUAUUGACCGGAAGUGGACUUUUGGUUCUGUAUUCUAUAGGUUAGCACUGAUUGACAACAAGAAAGAUAACAUUAUUGCCGUUUCGGUUAAAAUGAAUGUAUUACUGUUCGCACCGGCACUUCUACUCCUACUACUCGAGACCAAUCAUAUUCGCAAUACUAUUGCCAAUAUCAGUGUUUGCGCUUUUAUUCAGUUAGCAAUAGGUCUACCAUUUCUAUUAAGUCACCCGAAGUCCUAUAUAUGGAAUUCGUUUAAUUUUGGUCGAGUGUUUGAACACAAGUGGACAGUCAACUGGCGGUUUGUUGCCAACAGUGUGUUUGUUAGUCAUUACUUCCACAUAACUCUAUUAGCGCUUCAUUUGAUUGCAUUAUUGAUUUUGUUGACUUUAUUUACGGCAAACUUUAUCGGAAUGGCAUUCUCUCGUUCACUCCAUUACCAGUUCUAUGUCUGGUAUUUCCAUUCCCUGCCAUUCCUAUUGUGGACAACAAGCUAUUCACCAAAAACUAAGCUGUGCAUUCUGGGACUCAUUGAAUUGUCGUGGAAUACAUACCCGAGUACUCAUCUCAGUAGUGGACUCUUACAUGUGGUUCAUCUGAUUAUUUUGAUUGGGCAUAAAUGUACCAGUUGUACAUUGUAG